CAUGUUGUUGACUUCCGGUUUUCAAGGCGUCUUUCGGUCGUUACAUUAUCCACGGGGUUGCAAAAGCGAAUCAUGACACAAGAUGCCACUUCUCAGAUAUUUUCUUCUUUUCAAGAUUACAUAAACGAAGAGCAAGAAAUUCGAGAGGACAUCAGGUCUCAAGUGAAGGAUAUUGAACAAACUGCCAGAGAAAUUCAAACUUUACUACAGUCUGUCCAUCAACAAGAUGGCAUCAAAGGCAUCCCAACAUUGUGUGAAAAGGCAAGGGAGCGGUUUGAACGAGUUCGAGAACAGUUCAGUAAUCUGUCCAAGAAGGUGCCUCAAGAUCAGUACUAUAGAUUUCAUGACCACUGGAGGUUUGUGAGCCAGAGACUGACCGGGCUGUCAGCGUACAUUGUCUACCUGGAGAAGGAAGCUCUCAUCUCCAGGGAGGACUCCGCAGCCAUGUUGGGAGUAAAAAUGCAGCGUGGUGAGGGUUUCCAUAUUGACCUUGAUGACUACCUCAUGGGCUUGUUACAGCUGGCCAGUGAACUGUCUCGACUAGCAGUGAACUCGGUGACUGCUGGGGAUUAUGGGAGGCCAGUGAGAAUCGCCCGAUUUGUGGGAGAACUCGAUUCAGGAUUCAGACUUUUGAACUUGAAAAAUGACAGUUUACGUAAAAGAUUUGAUGCCCUGAAAUAUGAUUUGAAGAAGUCUGAGGAAGUAGUUUAUGACUUGACAAUUCGAGGACUUGUGCCCCAGGAACAGAAGUCCACCCACAAACCCUCUGAGUGAUGGUCAGCACGAGACGGAUCCCUCCAUGUUGUGACAGGGUCACUCAGGGGACCUGAGGUCUCUCAGGCUUUGUGGGUGACAACCAGUGCCAUGUACAUCGGAACAGACCACCUUGCUGUUGAGACAUGUUUUAUUGAGUAUGGGGAGCUUCUUAACCACAACAAUCAUUUUUCAGAAGUUCCGUUUUUGUUCAAGAUUGUUCUUCACUCCAGUGAGAAGACACUCUGUUCAUAACAGAUCAUUUGUGAGGACUAAUUUAUUGAUUCAGCAGCAGCUUAUUCCAAGAUGAUACAACUGCAGCUGGUUUAUGUUGAUUAACAGCUGAAUUGAAGCUAUUAUCAAUUAAUUAUUAAACAAUAUUUCUUGA